UUUUAAAUCUUUUUAGCUGCGACCCCCAAAUCUGACAUUCCUCAUCCUCAGCUGCACUUUGUGUCAUUCAUCAGUAGCUGCUAGCAUAAUAAUGCUACAUGGUGAACAUGAUGAGACUCAUCUCCUCACCGUGAGGUGCAGAUGGAUGCACAGAUAACAGGAAUCUCCCCUCAGUCAUCACAUAAAAGCAUCUGAUGUCAAAUCCGUGACAACAGAAGCUGGACGGAGCAGAGAGGCAACAUGAAGCUGCUGCUGGUGUGUUGCAGUGCAUUGUGGGUAGUCGUCUCCUCCUCCAGAGUGUCUGAGCCUCCUCCUCCUCCUCCUCCUCCCGCCUGUGACUCCAUGUUGGCGUUCUCCUCCGAGGUCUCCUCCUCGUCGGAAGGAAACGGGAACAUCCACCGCAGAUCUCUGUCCCCGUGGAGCUGGAGGUCGUCCACAGUGACGAACCGGAUCCCCUCCACUCUCUGGGAGGCCGAGUGCAGCGGCGUCUGUUCCAGUCCCAGCACCGGACAGACGGACGGACACAACCUGAACUCUGUCCCGGUCUACCAGAACGUCCUGGUGCUGAACCGGCUGGGAGGAGGUCGCUGCUACACGGCGUCCUACCGCUCUGUGGCUGUCGGAUGUACCUGCGUCUGGGCCAAAUCCAACCACAACUAAACCAUCUCAACCUGAACCCCCACCACCCGAACCUGAAUCUGAAUCUGAACCAGAACCAAAGAAUGGAAGCAAAAUGGACUGAAUAAAACAAACAAGCCUGUAACUCCAUGUUUGUAUAUUUAUUUCCCAGUGUUUAGUGAACUAAAUGUAAUUAAACUAAAUU